AUACUAGAGACCGCCCUGAUUUUCCAAACCCCACUGUAUGUCCCGAAUGGCAAAAAAAUUCCAGACAAUAACAAAGGCAGAUCUGACCCAGUUUCCAGUAGCCAACAGCCCCUAAGAUUUUCAGUGGGCGCCCCUCUUCCUUUGUCUUAAACUCUCAACUCUCUCCCUUUUGACAUUUCAAAACAAAACCCCCUUCACAUUUUUUUUUUCUUCCCAAAAACCCACAGUCUUCUUCUUCUUCUUCUUCUUCUUCCUCUCUCUCUAUUCCACAAUCAAUUCUCCCCCAAAUCAAAAAACCCUAGAUUUCAUUUCUCUCCCCCAUGGAUUCCCGCCUCCUUCUCGCUCUUUCCCUCUGCUUCUUCUUCCUCCUCCCUCACGUCUCCCAUUCCAGAGCUCGAGUCAAGAACCUGAUCGACCUCAAGCAAACUGUGGGAUCCGUGAUCAGAAUGAAGAGAGGUCCUUCUUCUUCUACAUUUGACCCGACUCACGUCUCUCAGCUCUCAUGGAAACCCAGGGCAUUUUUGUACAAGGGUUUUCUUACUGAGGAGGAGUGUGAUCAUCUGGUCAAUCUGGCCAAGAAUAAGCUGGAGGUGUCGAUGGUGGCUGAUAAUGAGUCUGGUAAGAGUAUAAAGAGUGAAGUGCGGACGAGCUCUGGAAUGUUCCUUGCGAAAGCUCAGGAUGAAGUAGUUGCCAACAUUGAGACUAAGAUUGCUGCAUGGACCUUCCUUCCAAUUGAGAAUGGGGAGGCAAUGCAGAUACUGCAUUAUGAAAACGGUCAAAAGUAUGAGCCACAUUACGACUAUUUUCAUGACAAAGCUAAUCAAGAAUUAGGUGGCCACCGUGUUGCCACUGUAUUGAUGUAUCUCUCUAAUGUUGAAAAGGGUGGUGAAACAGUCUUUCCCCAAGCACAGGUGAAAACGGUUGAAGCCAAGGACGAGGUCUUGUCUGAUUGUGCUAAAAAUGGCUAUUCUGUGAAACCGUUCAAAGGUGAUGCCUUGCUGUUCUUCAGUCUUCUUCCUAAUGCAACAACCGAUCCAAACAGUUUGCAUGGGAGCUGCCCUGUCAUUGAGGGUGAGAAAUGGUCUGCAACCAAGUGGAUUCAUGUGAGAUCCUUCGAAAAGUCAUUGAAGAAGGCACUUAGCGGGGAGUGUACGGAUGAGAAUGUAAACUGCGCCACAUGGGCUAAAGCCGGUGAGUGCGAAAAGAAUCCUACAUACAUGGUGGGUUCAGCGGAUCUUCCUGGGUUUUGUAGGAAGAGUUGCAAGGUCUGUUCAUCUUAGGGAAGUUAUGUUCCUUCUAUACGGAGAGCGAGCGAUCGUUAUUUAGUUGUAUAUAACAUUGAGCUCUGCCCCAGAUGAACUUUCCUAGCACAUUCAUAAUGUUCUUGCACAGCUUACUAUUACAAAAAUGAACGUGUAGGUCUCAAAAUACCUCUCAACCCUCUCCAGUGAUUCUGUUUUGACAUGUCUACUUUUCAUCAAAUAUUAUCUAUAAUUUAUGGUUAUGAUUUUUAUACGAGGCAACGGUCAUGAUAUUUUCCUUUCUCUUUUCUACGAUACUCACAACUGUAAUGAAAUAUGAAUUCUGA